AUGCGGGCAGCGAGUGUCAGCUGUGCAGGCAGCAACCAGACUGUUCGUCGGAUUCUGACAGCCUGCCUCCUCUCUUUCAUGGCCCUGCUCGGAUCUGUAUUCAUCGACGUCAACUCCAACUUUGACUUGCUGUACACUACAGAAGCAGCUUACAGCGAGCUGACUUCAUGCAAGACUCUAACUCUCCUGCAACUUAUGACAGAGUGGAUACAGAACUAUGCCCACAGUCUGAAGGAGAAAACACAAGACCUUAAGCACCAGAGGCAGCUGGCUGAAGAUCUGCUUCACCAAAUGCUGCCAAAGUCAGUUGCCAAACAGCUCCGCCAGCAUAAACAUGUUGAAGCUGAGAGCUACGAAAAGGUGACCAUUUUUUUCUCAGACAUUGUGGGCUUCACCUCUAUAUCUGCGUCCUGUACUCCAUUGCAAGUAGUGAAGAUGCUCAACAACCUCUACAUGUGUUUUGAUACGCGCAUUGACUCCUAUGAUGUCUACAAGGUGGAGACUAUAGGAGAUGCAUACAUGGUGGUGAGCGGCCUACCUGAAAGGAACGGAGACAGACAUGUGGAUGAAAUUGCCAAGAUGGCUCUGGAUCUGGUAGCAGCCGUCAGACAGGUCUCCAUUCCUCACAUGCCCAAUGAGAGGCUUCAGCUCAGAGCUGGCAUCCACACAGGUCCAUGUGUGGCAGGAAUAGUGGGCUACAAGAUGCCAAGAUACUGUCUAUUUGGAGAUACCGUCAACACAGCCUCUAGAAUGGAAUCAACCAGCCUGCCUCAGAAAAUCCACAUCAGUUCAGAAGCAUACCUGGCUCUGAUCAAAGACAAUGCUUAUGAGCUGCAGCUUCGUGGAGAGAUUGAGAUUAAGGGUAAGGGCAAAAUGUAUACAUACUGGCUGAUUGGCCACAAGAACUACAGCGUGCAGAAUGACAGUCUGGUUUGCCACUGGAAUCCCAACAUGGCCAGAAAGAAGAAAAUGUUAGCAGGGAGCCAGGUAUCUGUGAGCAAUUCAUCAGUGACAGUGCAGAGUCUGACCGAGAAGGCUACCACUCCAGUGUCUCUUCUCAUGAACCAAACUUCGCCACAGCCACCGAAAGACAAACCUGGCAAGAGAAUGGCAGCUCAGAUGGAGACCUACAGCAGCAGCUGCAGUACCCUUGGCUCCAUGAUUGGAGGACUGCAGGGAGGAGAUAAGAGUCCUCAACCCAGCCAGCAUAGCAGUGGACUCAAACCUGAUCUGGUUCCUGUCUCCAACCAGCAUGUGUAG